AUGUUCUACGAUUUGAAUGUCCCCUACGUUUCGAAUAGCACAGACGUUCUCAACACACUUCACUUUCUUGCCGAGUUGGGCUAUACAUCGGUGGCGUUAGCACAUACGCCAACUAAGCUUACACCAGAUUUGUGUCCGCCGCCCUUGCCAACGAAACUGCCAAAGUCUUUGAACCUUCUCACCAGACUCAAUAUCACUGUUUCCGAUCCAUCACAAACCCCCCGCCUCACCACGUUUGCGCGUUCUUAUUCCUUGCUAGCUAUACGGCCAACGAAUGAAAAGGCUCUGGCACAAGCCUGCAACAGUCUUGAUUGUGAUAUCAUAUCACUUGACCUUUCUGCUCGCCUACCAUUUCACUUCAAGUUUAAAACACUUUCUGCAGCUAUUUCAAGAGGCCUGCGUUUCGAAAUCUGUUAUGGCCCGUCUAUUACAGGAAGUGGGCUUGAAGCACGAAGAAAUUUGAUCAGUAAUGCGAUAUCUCUUGUGCGUGCGACGAGGGGUAGGGGCAUUGUUAUAUCUAGUGAGGCGAAGGAAGCUCUUUGCGUACGAUCGCCAUGGGAUGUGGUCAAUUUAGGAUGCCUCUGGGGGAUGACUCAGGAAACUGGCAAGGAUGCAUUGUGUGAUGAGGCAAGGAAAGUAGUUACCUUAGCACGGUUAAAGAGGACUAGUUGGAGAGGAACGGUGGAUGUUAUCUUUGGUGGAGAUGUCCCCGGCGCUCCUGGUGACGAAUCAAUCCAAAACGAGGACUGUACGAAACCGCGAAGACUUGGGGGAAGAAGCAAAAGAAGGGCAUCUGAGUUAGGAGGAACGCAGGAUUCUGACGCUCUGUUAUCCAAGCGAGAAUUGAAGCGCAGGGCAAAGAAAGCUAGGUUGGAAAGCCAUGAGCUACACAAUAUGGCAACCGAGCCUUAG